UUUUGUUUGGCGCUCUCUAUCUUCCACCACACGACACUCACGCGGCGGCUGCAGCUCGUUUUUUAGUUCCUUUCCUUCCACUUUUCUCGCGCUGCGUUUCUUGCGGUUUGCCUUUCAUUGUUUCUCCUACUACUUACCUUACUCGCUUUGUGGCUGCUGUUGUUGCUGUUGCUCUUGCUGUUGUGGCCGUGGUUACUGCUGCUACCCGCCACCCGCCAUACGAUACACACGCUGCUGGCACGGCACCACGGCAAGGCAGAACAGAACACACAACAGUAAACGGCAGCCCUAACUGUCACAAAAUUCAGUUUUUGCGUUCACACUGAGAGAAAAGCGACUCGGAAACUCGUAAACUCGUAAACUCGUUAACUCGGAACGGAGCUAAAAACGAAUCAAAAUUUCUACGUUUGCGGCCGCUGCGGCGUCCUCGUCGUGAUAUAACAGUCUUCGAGGAGUUGCUUGGUUCCGCUCACCCUGUGCGACCCUCUCUCACCCUCCCACUCAUCCGGGAGUUUCUCUUUUUCGUCGUUGCUGUUGCAGCAGCAGCAGCAGCAGGAGUCGGACUCGAAGACAAAAUCCCCCAUGCUGCAGUUACAUUGACCCAACGCCGGACGAAGGAGUCAGCAGAGGAGCGCAACGAUAAUCACUUAGUUUUUGGCCAAUUCGUUUGACAAUUGAGGAAGUGAGCCGCAACUUUUAAAUGAAGAAACAUGGGGAAUGGCAUGAACAAGGUCUUGCCGGGACUGUACGUGGGAAACUACCGCGACUCCAAGGAUCACGCGCAGCUGGAGAGGUUCCAGAUAUCGCAUAUCGUCGCCAUACAUGACAGUCCCAGACGUCUCUUGCCGGACAAACACUACCUGUGCGUGAUGGCCUCGGACACGCCGGACCAGAACCUCUCCCAGUACUUCUCCGUCUGCAAUGAUUUCAUCCACGCCGCCCGGCUGCGGGAGGGCAACGUGCUCAUCCACUGCCUGGCGGGGAUGUCGCGCUCGGUGACCGUGGCCGUGGCCUACAUCAUGACGGCCACGCACCUCAACUGGAAGGAGGCGUUGAAGGUGGUGCGUGCGGGUCGCGCUGUGGCCAAUCCGAACACCGGCUUCCAGAACCAGCUGCUGGAGUUUGAGCAGUUCAAGCUGUCAGAGGAGCGGCGCCGGCUACGGGAACGAUUCCCGUCCGCGGCCCUGGAGCAGCUGGACCGCCUGAAGGUCGCGACGGCACUGAACAACUACAAGGAGCUGCUCCAGAACCGGGACAUCUGCGAGGGCAACUGUUCCCGCGGCGAGAAGUGCCCCACAGGCGUGUGCAACAUGGACCCCACCAAGGGACUGUUUCGGCGCCGUCCCUCGACGGCCUCGACCCACUCGCGUUUCCGUGCCCAAUCCUCCAACGCCAACAACGCCUCGUCCAGCACGCUCAGUGUAAGCGGCGGCGGUGGCGGCGGCGGUGGCGUCGCUGCCCAGUCCUGCCCCACAUCGCCCAAGCACUCGCCCCUGCCGCUGCCCCGCCGCUCGGUGGGCAACGAGCGCACCACCAUACCCGAGGACGAUAUUCCCCUCGACCAGCCGCCCACCACCUCCAGCGAGGCGGCCCAGUAUGCCGCUGCCAUCGAGGAGGCCCGCCGAGAGCAGGAGCAGCGCUCCCAGCUCCCUGGUAAGAGCCAGGGACUGGCCUCGGCGAGGCCAGGAAGCUCCACGAGCGGCGCUUUACGGGUGAACAGUGCAGGGAGUCGGAGGGAGUCCAAGGGCAGGGACGGCUCCGACGGCUCCAGCUCCCAGCUGCAGCGCAGUGCCAGCACCGUGAGCGGCUUUGGGGUGCGUCCGCGGAGCAGUCCAGCAGGUCUGCAUGCCUACACGGGUUCGGUUCCCUCCUUCAUCCACGGAUCACGCGUGGAUCUGCGGGACCCCGACAAGGGUUCCGCCAUUUAUCUGGGCUGCUCCGCACCGCGGGCCUCCACGCUGUCUAUAGCAUCGUCGCGCGGCUCGUCGGGUGGCUCGGCGCCUCCGUCGCCCUGCAACACACCUCCAGCCAGUCCACGUCACAUGGUUAAGAGAUCCACUAGCCUGGUGAAAAAGCCGAGAUGAAGGCCCGGCCAGAGGGGGGCAUUGUACGCAAAACACUGGAACUACUUAGUCUUUAAUCUGUAAUCCGUAAUCCGUAAUGCCUAGGCAACCGGCAUGGCAUCCCAUUGGUAAACGCGCGCGAGACCUGCAGCAUUAUUUGGAGAAGAUGGAGGAUUGCGUGGGAAUCGCUGGCUAAUCUUUGGCUUACUUCUUUUAGACGCCAAGGCUGUGUGGCAUCCUGCGUUGCCUGCUUUUGGCUGCUGGGCCUCGGCUUUGGGAGCAGCUUGAAUCAAAAUCAAAUGUGGAGAGUUUAUUUUUCAGAGACGCAUUUAAUAAGUACCGACAUAUACAUAUACACACACACAUAUUUACUGUAUAUAGCGUAUAUAGCGUACUCGUAUGUACAUACAUACAUAUAUUUAUACGAGCAGAUUUGUUGUCGGUCCCAGUCUGACCAGCAAGGACUAAGGACUGGCCGACCGACCACCCCCUAGGCCCAGGAUUAGGUUCAGGCCCAGCCCCUGGCAGCACGACGGGCAUUUGUUAGUUUUUUUUGUAC